GAUUUCAUUUACAACAGAAAACCCUGUUUUUCACUCAUAUCGUCUCCUUAUUAACCACACAAAGAAAUGUAAAGUUUCUAUGUACAGCUGUUCUUCGAGUAUCUGUUCUUUGAAUAGAUUGUGCACUUUGAAUGUCAACAUUGAGACUUUUUUUUUUUUUUUUACAACUCAAUGUGGCUCUUGAACGCGACACGCAGGGCUCCUCUUCUCUGAUUGGCCAGUUGAGACCAGCUGUCUGUGACGCCGCAGCUCGCAGCAGGUGUAGACGGACCGGACGGAUUAUGUGUGUGAGAUUUUCUUUUCCCUACAUUUUGUUUCGGUCUGAUUGUAGGAGCCUGCGGUCUCAUGCCACGGGGCUCGGUCACAGCGAAGCGGGUUCCUCGGGUGUGACCAAGCUCCUGUGAGGAUGUCGUCGGCGCAACACAACGGGACCUUCAGUCAGCUGAACAAGUUUGAGAAGCUGUCGUGGAGGCCCUCCAUCCGAGACGCGGGCUCUAAGAAGCGGGCUCGAUGGCUCCAGGCUCGACGCAUCUUUUCCCCUUCCUGCCCCAACCUGCGGAUUCCCAACAGGUUUCUGAGAGAAGGACACUGUAUCCCUCCCGCCCGCAGUGGACACCGCUGCGUCGCGGACAGCACCAACUUGUACGUGUUUGGAGGCUACAACCCAGACUUUGAUGAGGCAGGCGGCUCGGAGAAUGAAGACUACCCUCUUUUCAGGGAGCUUUGGCGUUUUCAUUUCGCUACAGCCACGUGGCAACAAGUCCGCACUAAGGGUUAUAUGCCCACAGAGCUGGCCUCUAUGUCAGCUGUUUUACAUGGCCACAACCUGCUUGUGUUUGGUGGCACUGGGAUUCCAUUUGGUGAAAACAAUGGCAACGAUGUCCACGUCUGCAAUGUUCAGUACAGAAGAUGGAACCUGCUCACCUGCAGUGGAAAGAAGCCCAACAAGAUCUACGGGCAGGCGAUGGUCAUCAUAAAUGGCUACCUCUAUGUGUUUGGAGGGACAACGGGCUACCUUUAUAGCACCGACCUCCACAGGCUGGAUCUGACCACCAGAGAGUGGAGCCACCUCAAACCUAACAACACACCUUCAGAUCUACCUGAGGAGAGGUACAGACAUGAACUAGCUCAUGAUGGACAAAGAAUCUACAUUUUAGGAGGUGGAACUUCCUGGACAUCAUAUCCCCUGGACAAGAUUCACGCAUACAACUUGGAGACAAAUUACUGGGAGGAAAUUGUUACCAAAGCCCAUGAAAAACUAGGUUAUCCUGCUUCCCGGCGUUGUCACAGCUGUGUACAGGUCAAAGACGAGGUGUUCAUAUGUGGGGGUUACAACGGAGAGCUAAUCCUGGCUGACCUGUGGAAGAUCAACCUGCAGACUUUUCAGUGGACCAAGCUGCCUGCCGUGAUGCCAGAACCAGCAUAUUUUCACUGUGCCGCGGUCACUCCGGCCGGCUGUAUGUAUGUCCACGGCGGUGUCGUCAACAUGUUUGGGAACCGAAGGAGCGGCUCCUUGUACAAAGUGUGGCUGGUGGUGCCCAGCCUGCUGGAACUGACCUGGGAAACGCUUCUGAAAUCCUUCCCUCACUUAGCCCAGAUGUCCACCCUUCAGCUGCUCAGCCUCGGACUGACACACACACUAAUUCAGCGGCUCAAAUAGAGGGAGCACAAAGACUGACGGCAGCGGUUUGUGAUGGAUCCACACUGACUCUGUAAUCGCUGACGACAAAGGCGAAAAGGUUCUUGAAACAAAGUCAGAUGGUAUGAAAAUACUUUGAAUGCCUUUUAACUUUAGUCUUAUGUAAAUGGUUUUUUUUUUAUGCGACGUGCAAUGUUUUAUGUUUUCUCUUAGUGUGUGUGAACGUGUCUUUGACGAAGCAACACAAUCAGUGUGGAAACCAGAAUCUCUGUGUGCUGAUUUCCACCUGCUUGUUGCUCAGUCAUCCUGUGAUACGCUCAGAAUUUAUGUAGUGCACUCUCUUAACCACAUAUCGCUGUCAGACAAACGUAUGGAGCUUGACCAGGAAGAGUGAAAUGUUCCAAACAUCACUGGUGAAAAGGCCAAAUGAAUGUUGCUCCUACCAUAGGAAUUUUCACUUCCAUUCAGAGGCAGUUUAACUGUUGCUGAAGUGAAAGACAUGUUGCUGCCGAUCCACUGCUGCUAAUGGCCACUGACAGAGAUGAGCUUUAGAAACGACUGUAGUUUCAAACAGGAGACAUUUGUGACCGCGUGCAUUUCUGUCCAAUUAGUUCGAUUCCUGGUAAUGCAUAACCAUGAUACCUCUCAACAGUCUUAAGUUAUUCAAAGCAUCAUGUCUUAGCCCUGAGGACUUGCUGAUUGCAUGCUGAUAUCGAGCUGGGAUUAUAACUCCACUGUUCACAUUUAAAAAUGUUCCCCUCGCUGGUCACAUUUUACCUUGUGAUCAGACAAAAUUUUUUUAAAAGCCUCUUUUAAGACAUUUGUGACGCUGCAUCACUGUGAAACUUCAUGUGCCUCUUGGAUUCUCCUCUUUUGGAAAGAUUAAGCUUAAUAAGCUAAAAAUGAAUUUACCACACCUGUAGCUCCACAGCGAUUCUCAAGCCUUUUUAUUUCGUUAUUCGGUGCCUUCUAAAUUUCCAAAGUGUCAUUUGUUGUUUGUUUCGUUUUUGUUUUGGUGCUCUCCACGUGAGAUUUUUGUUGCUGAACUUUUCUGCUCAUGAUUAAUCAGGAGACACCACUGCAGCUAAAGAUUUUUCAUCAGCUUAACUUCAGACAUUUUCCUUAUUUAUUAUCAUCACUGUGCCGCUUUUUAUUUUUAUUACAAAACUUGAAUUGUAGCAGAUCACAUUUCUUCUUUUCACCCGAUUGACUCACCCCAGACUCCAUUUUAACUUUUUUAUAUUGUAAACAUUGACAUUAUUUUUUGGUUUGGUUUUUCUAGCCAACAUUGUGUUGUAGGGUUUUGGUACAUUAAAAGUUGAGGAAAGAAGUGGGACUCGGGACAUUUUAUUUUUAAAGACUAGUAUAUGAAUUGUAUAUCAGGCAAACUCGGGAUGUAAAAUACUGUGAUCACACUCACUCAAUCGUUAAAAUGUCAGCAGGCUCAGUCAUUUUGUGUGAAAUCAAAUUUAGACACACCCCGGAUAAUUUCCAUAAACAGAUCUUUUGCUUUGACUGUAAAUGUAAGAUACUGUAGUAGUCCUCCUGCUGCUUGUGUCAAGUAACAUGCCUCCUUUUUCUUUCAUCUGUUUUGAGAAUCUCUGCUGUUUUUUGUUGUAGACAUUCCCUCAUCUAGAAGUUACUGUAUCACAAAACACUGUCCCACCUUCACCUGCAUGCUCAGACCUGGUAAAUGUACUACACUGCUUAAAGAGUGAUGUUAAUAUUUGCAUCAUUUUUUAUGUUGAUUAUGGUUAAAUGAUCUCUUAUGCAUGGACAGUAUGGUGUGCAUGUCACUUCACAAACUCCUGGGGGAGGGGUCGGGGUUGAAUAUCCUCAAAGACAAUAGUGGCUGUAAUGAACAUAUGUUUUGUAAUUCCUGUUUGUAUGAACAAUAAAAACGCAGGCAGUUGGUUUUUCAGAAUAUUA